AUGGAUCCUUCAAAGCAAUUGCAGCAAGAAGCAGGUGAUGUUAUGGAGGACUCAUCCAAGUAUAGAAGGCAAAUAGGCAGGCUGAUAUAUCUCUGCAUUACUAGAUCGGACAUUACAUUUGAUGUGCACAAGCUCAGUCAGUAUGUGUCAAAGCCAUGUGUUGAGCAUUGGGAAGCAAGUGAGAAGAUAUUGAAGUAUUUGAAGGCUACACCAGGUCAUGGACUCUUUUACUCGAGUGAAGCUGCCCCAACACUUAGUAUUUUUUCUGAUGCUGACUGGGCAGCUUGCCCUGAUACUCGAAGGUCCAUGACCAGCUAUUGCUUGUUUCUUGAAUCAUCUUUGGUGUCUUGGGAAGUUAAGAAGCAACACACCAUUUCAAGAUCUUCAACAGAGGCUGAAUACCGAGCAAUGGAUUAA